AUGACCGGACAGUGUAAAAAGAGCAGUUGCCAACGUCCGGGUUGUCGUUAUCCUGUUGAAAGCGGAAUGCAGUGCGACGAGUGCAAAGGCUGGUACCACGAAGUUUGCACGAACUUAACGCCUGCUGCUUUCAAACGGUUCAGUAAGAAGGGUUGUGUGUGGCUUUGUCAACAGUGCUGCUCGGAUGCAAACAGCUUGUUAACCGAGGCCAUCUCACUGGUUGAUGCUGCAAAGAAGUGUUUUAACAAGCAUAGUCGGAACGCGUCAAACAGCACUCGAUCUGUUGACACGCAAAUCAAUGUGAAGGAAACUAAGGUGAGUCCGGUGAUAGAUGACUCACGCCCGUCAAAGAAGGAAAAGCAGUUUCCAAAGGGGCCUGCCUUAAAAAAAGCUCAAGAAAAGUAG